UCGGAUGCCCAUUCGUUUCUUCAAUUCUUCUCUCCUGGUCUGCUUUAUUUAUCCUUAUUUUGUCUUGCCUGUCUACUCUCUGUCUUUCAAAAUUCUCCGAGUGAGUGAAACGCAGCUACUCAGAAGGAGUGACCUCUUCUGCUCUCUUCCUGUCAUGGCAGAGCUUCGCCGGAACUCGGCUUUCAUCUUGCUUCUGUCCACCUUCUUACAGUCUCUUCUCAUCGCAAACUCCCAGUCUUUUAUCGGUGUAAAUUAUGGCCAAGUCGCUGAUAAUCUCCCCCCUCCGGCUGCGACGGUAAAUCUGCUCCAAUCGACCUCGAUCGGAAAAGUCAGAUUGUUUGGCGCCGAUCCUGCGAUCAUCAAAGCUCUUGCCAACACGGCAAUCGGCAUCGUAAUUGCCGCGGCGAACGGCGACAUACCCCCCUUGGCCUCCGACCCUAACUUCGCGAAGCAGUGGAUCAACUCCAACGUCCUCCCCUACUACCCCGCCAGCAAAAUCAUCGUCAUCAACGUCGGCAAUGAGGUCAUGACCUCUGGCGAUCAGAAUCUGAUCUCGAACCUCUUGCCGGCGAUGCAAAAUGUCCAGAACGCCCUGAAUGCAGCAUCUCUGGGCGGCAAGAUCAAGGUGUCCACCGUCCAUUCCAUGGCGGUCUUGGCACAAUCUGAUCCACCAUCUUCGGGAAUGUUCCAUCCUGAAUUAUUCGAAACGCUGAAAGCAAUGCUGGGAUUUCUGCAAGAUACGGGUUCGCCUUUCACCAUCAACCCAUAUCCCUUCUUUGCGUAUCAGAGCGAUCCUCGGCCGGAAACUCUAGCCUUCUGUCUUUUCCAGCCCAAUGCUGGCCGAGUCGACUCGGGAACCAACAUCAAGUACAUGAAUAUGUUCGACGCGCAGGUUGAUGCCGUCCGAUCUGCCUUACUGCGGGCGGGAUUCAAGGACGUAGAGAUUGUGAUCGCGGAGACAGGGUGGCCUUACAAAGGAGACAGCAAUGAGGUAGGGCCCAGCGUGGAGAACGCCAAGGCGUACAACGGCAAUUUGAUCAAACACCUGAGGUCAAUGGUUGGAACCCCACUCAUGCCUGGCAAGGCUAUCGAUACUUAUCUCUUUGCAUUGUACGACGAGGAUUUGAAGCCCGGGCCGGGUUCCGAGCGGGCAUUCGGACUUUUCAAACCCGAUCUCACCAUGACAUACGACGCCGGUCUGUCUAAGAGCAGCCAGACGACCCCAACUCCAACAACUCCAGUGAAUCCAUCUCCACAACCAAAGCAAACAGUUUGGUGUGUGCCAAAGGAUGGCAUUUCUGAUGCCCAAUUGCAGUCAAAUCUUGACUAUGCUUGCGGCCAUGGCAUCGACUGUGGUCCACUCCAACCGGGCGGCGCUUGUUUUGAACCAAACACUGUGGCAGCACAUGCUGCUUAUGCCAUGAAUCUCUUCUACCAAAAUGCAGGACGGAAUCCCUGGAACUGUGAUUUCUCACAGACGGCAACUCUUACAUCCAACAAUCCUAGUUACAAUUCUUGCAUCUACCCUGGUGGAAGUACCUGAAAAGGGAAAGAACUUUCUCCGAUUGUUACAGAAUAAAGUUGAAUAAAGCGUGGUUGCAUAAUUGGCGGUUCUUAUUCUUGGCCUGGUGGGUGCAUGGGAAGGUACAUCCCCUUUAAUUGGGUGGAGGAGAAUUCUCUCCCUAUCCUUUUCUCUAUCUUGUAUUAUUAAUUGACAACGGAGGGAGAUGUGGGAAAUGAGUAGGUUGUAAUGAUUUUGAUAGAAAUGUUAGUGAUAUAGAGGAUAGGUUUUUUUAUGUAUAGCAGCUAUAGCUGUACGCUUGUACCAUGCUUCACAUAUAUAUAUAUAUAUAUAUUUAUGCGAUGUUAAAAGCAGCCUUUUCUGAA